UAGCUUUGCCGAUAUAUUAGCCAGCAUGUCGAAGAGACGGAAAGACGACCAGGGCCGGCGGGGAAACCGUGAGUACUCAAAUCGUAAAAGAGAUGAACCAAGUACAGAAAGCGGCGAGGAGUCGGUGCCGUGUCUGUAUGCAGACGUGUUCUCAGAGUACAAGACGGAGCUGGAACGUCGUCACGACCGACAUGAGCGACUGGUGAAACUGAGUCGAGACACCACCAUCCACAGCAAGAGAGCCAUCUUCUUGCUCCACCGAGCAGCCAUCCUCGAUAGAGGAGGCAGCGAGAGAGAAGAGAGACUGGAUGAGGCCGAGGGGAAACUUCAGGAGGUGGGGCAGUUCCUGCAGUCCACAGCCAGGGAGCUGACGGGUCUGGACCCCUGGCUCCACCUCUCAGCCUUCUCCCCCGGCCUUCAGGAGUUCGUGGAGGCUCUGGCUUACUACGUGUUCUUGCGACAGGGUGGGUUGGUGAGCCACGAAGAGGUGUGCCACUGGCUGGAGUUCUCAUGUGCGGAUGAGGGGUCUGGAGAUGGGGAGGCUGUGUGUGUACCACUCAGUCGACUCAACUAUGUGCUAGGUAUUGCAGACUUGACUGGGGAACUGAUGCGAAUGUGUAUCACGGCAGUCGGAGCAGGACAGCAAAGGGUUCCGUUUCAACUGCUGCCCUUCAUUUCCUCCAUCUACCAUGGGUUCCAGAGCCUUCCACCCAUCUCCAAGGAAAUCUUACACAAACUUCGCACGCUGCGAUCGAGUGUGGGGAAGAUCGAAACUGCCUGCUACACUCUAAAGAUACGAGGCUCUGAGAUCCCCAGGCACAUGCUGGGCGACGUGUUCCACAGCACAGCCAGUCAGGAAUCCGAUCCGUUUGACCAGUGAAUAUCUUUAUGACUGAACUUUGUUGUUAUGUACAGAUGCGUGGGUGAGUGUGUAUCGUAGAGUACGCGCCUACUAUUACGCCUACUAUUACGCCUACUAUUACGGAACUCCGGCGUAAAAAGUUCAGCUAAAGCCAGCCCAGGCGAGAGGAUGAGCGACGUGGAGGAUUUCAGCGAGGUGGAGCACUCCAAGACGAGCGUCACAAAGACUUCGCUGACGUUCCUGCUGGAGGGUGUGGACCCGCGCGACUUGACCGGAGAUGGCAUCUCGCUCGUGUCGUUUACUGACAGCGAGGCGGGCGGGGUGCGCGAGGCCCCCACCUGUCAGGAGCUAGCCAUCGAGGGAGAGUGUCUGACGAAGCAAGGCGAGCACAGGCAGGCGAUCCCGCUGCUGGAGGCUGCGCUUGAGCAUGGGACGGAGGACCUGCAGCUCCGGAGCGUCCUUUGGAGUCUGCUCGGUAACGCUCACUUCUACGUCGGAGACUACGAAAAGGCAGCGCUGUGCCACAUGCACGACUUGGCCAUCUGCUACGAGCUGGGGGACGAGCGGAGCCAGGCGCAGGCCUACUGCAACAUGGGGAUAGCGCACCGCAAGACCGGCUACCUCCAGAGAGCCAAGCUUUGCUACGAGCGCUACCUGGACAUCUGCGAGAAGCUGGAGGACUCCCGCUCGCGGUCCAAGGCCUACCACAACCUGGGGGACCUGGAGCUGACUCUGGCACGGCUGGAGCUCUCGCAGAAGGAGGAGAGGGAGGAGGAAGACUCGCCCAAGGUUAGGGACCACCUGGAGAAGGGCGCCGCAUACUUCGAGAGGCACCUGAGCUACGUGAAGGAGACGGGGAGCAGGAUGGCAGAGGCUCAGGCUCACGCCAGUCUUGGCUACAUCUAUGAGCUGUUGAAGGACACAGACAAAGCGAUAGAUCACUAUGAGCAGCGACUGAGGAUUGCACUGGAUGUGGUGGACAAGGCAGCGGAGGCCAGGUCCUACUGCAGCAUUGGGAACUGCCUCAAGGCCAUCGUUCAGCCGGAGAAAGCCUUGGAGUGCUAUAACAGAAGUCUGAUGCUGGCCUCGGAGAUGGAGGACAGACUCGGGGAGGGUGUGGUCCAUGCCAACAUGGGCACCACUCACGAGAUGCUCUCCAACAUGGAGGAGGCCCUGGUCAACCAGGAGAAGCAGCUGCACGCCAUGCAGCAGGCUGGGAACCUGCACGGAGAGGCUCUGGCUCUUGAGAGCAUGGCUCACACUCUGGAGUACAUGGGCAGCAUCAGCCAGGCCUGCGAGACUUUGGAGAGUUUGAUAGCGGUGCAGAAGAAACUGCGACAUGAGGGUGAGCUGAUUGAUUCCCUGGCAAAGUUGUCGCUGCUGCGAGAGCAGGGGGGAGACAAGGCGACAAAGGGUGGGGCGGGGUCUGGAGGCGGGCUGAAGAACACCCUGAAGAGGAUGAAACCAGCUGGGAAGAAGAAGAGACAAAGGAAUGUCACGGCCCCCGAGAUCACUGCAGAGGCCUUGAAAGGACUGAGGAAGGAACAGGUUGUGAAACCGGGGAAAGAGGGUCGCGGACUGUUUGGGAAGAAGCCAGCCAAGUCGGAGAAGGAGGGCGGAUCUCCGAGGAAGGCAGACCAGGACGGAGUGAGGGAGACGACGAUCAGAGAGGAGGGGAAUGAUCAACCAGUCAUCAGCUCUGCCAGAGACGGUCCUCCGAAGAGUGAAUCCCGACUGUCAGAUUAUGCCCCUCCUACAGUGGGGGAGCUCCCAGCAGCCCCGCUGCCCCACUCCAAGACAGACCCCUCCCUCAGCUACCAGACCCAUGCAGACCUCUCCCAGCUCUCCCUCUCAUCCUCCAUUCCCGAGGAGGCUGCCAGCACCCAGUCCUCGCUGGAGGGUGUGGCCUUGGAGCAACUUGCCCCACCCAGCGGAGGCAACACCGAUCACGCGGGGUCGGGGGGUGGAGGUGGUGAGGACGGAGUCCAGGGAGGGAACGAGGCCAGGGGAGAGGUGGAAGAGAGAGAUUUCCGGAAAGGCUGCCCAGAACUAUACAACGAUUAUGGAGACGAGCAACAUAAACUAAACUUGAAGCAUGUGUUGAAAUUUCUUGAGUCUUGUAACGAGACCAGUCCAGUGGACCUCAGCUCUCUAGUGGAUUGGGAUGGUUGGACACUCGCUAGCAAGGAAGUCAUUGUGCCACACACCAAGGAAUCGCAGCUGAUCUGAGUGGUAUGCUACUGAUUAAAAGGUCACUGCAGUUGCCAAGUGUUUGUAAUAAUAAUUAUGUGCACAUACUCUAGUAAUCACUUUUCUCUGUACGUUUUAAAUCAUCUCGUUAUGUCACAACUUUGUAUAAAAAAUACCAUUAAGGAUGUGAAAUGAGUGGCCAAUUCAAAAACGCUAUUACAAAACAGUGUGUACAGUAUUACACACACAGGAGUGAGGAAACCCUGUGACACAAGGAGGGAGGGAGCGAGGAGUUAGACCGGGGAAGAGAUGGUGGCAUCUUUCUCACUACACUUGCUGCUGGCAAGAGUGUCUUGGUACCUGGGUGGCUGGGGGAAGACUGUGUGCUGGAUGUGGCUGCUUCCUUUACUGAAAGGCAGCGGAGUAAGCACAUCAUCCUCUUCCAGUGAGUGAUUCUCCUGUAGAUUGACAUUCUUGCUGGACGUAGGGUUUCUGUGUACAAUCUGCUCCAAGGAGCGAGCACCGUUGUGUAGCGGCUGUUUGUCGUUCCUCUCACGCUGACUGUGGUUCAUGUGAACUGGUCCUCUGGAGUUCUCGGAAUGCUCCUGGUUCUUGCUGCCUUUCUUGAGGAACACUGCGAAGAACAGGUAGCAGACUACCAGACCCACUGGGAUGCCAAACAGGAAGCCUCCCACUGUGGCUCCUGCCAGAAGACCUGCACUCUCUCCUCCUUCCUCUGCCGACUUCUCCAGACCAGCCGGAGUGAGGACUGUGGAACUGCCGCCGUUCGAUGAGGUACUUGUAGAGGCUGUGGUUGAUGAGGCAGUGCUGGUAGGAGGUUCUGACGAGUCUGGAUUAAAGGGGCAGGAAGAGGGAUUGGCUGGCAAGGGUGGAGGUGGCGUAGGAAAGAAGUUGAGGUUAGUUUAUUGACACAUUUCCUAGAUGCCUCGCUCCAGCCACAGUAUGGAUCGCGAGAGUCGAAGCACUUGAAACAAGUGUCGUAUUUGCUGCAUUUUCCGAGCGUCACUGACUGCACUGCAUCAUUGGUUGUGAGGAGCACACGCCUCUCCUGUGUCAGACUGUCUUUAUGAAGCACCAUAUUAGUCACAGAGCUGCCGAGGGUCUUGAUAGUCUUCCUGUACAUGGACCCCUGAUGCCAGGCCACCUGGACUAUUUCCCCACUCCCGAGAGCAGCAAACACCACCUCCAUUUCACUUCCUCCGUAGUCCAGGACAUCCGCUACUAGGAACAGGAUUUCGUCGCCCAGCACUGUCAUCAGUGGCUGAGGCUCAGUGGCUGCUACCACCUCAGACACCAGUUGGUAUGUGUUGGCCUGUGCAUCUGUCCGCUGUGAGCCCCCCUCAUUACCUGGACAGACGA